CCCGCCCCGGAAGCGCAGCCGGAGCGGCCGCCGGCCCGGUUCUGUGGCGGCGGCGGCGGGACGGAGGCGGCCGCGGCCGAGCGCGCACCGCCAUGGAGCACAUCCGCACCACCAAGGUAGAGCAAGUGAAAUUACUGGAUAGGUUCAGCACGAGCAAUAAGUCACUGACCGGAACCCUGUACCUUACAGCAACUCAUCUGUUAUUCAUAGAUUCAAGCCAGAGAGAGACGUGGAUACUACAUCAUCACAUUGCUGCAGUGGAAAAACUUCCUUUGACUACUUCUGGCUGCCCCCUUGUCAUCCAGUGCAAGAACUUCAGGAUAGUUCACUUUGUUGUACCCAGAGAGAGAGAUUGUCAUGACAUUUAUAAUUCUUUGCUUCAGCUCUCAAGAACAGCAAAAUAUGAAGAACUGUAUGCCUUUUCUUAUAAUCCAAAACAAAAUGAAUCUGAGCAAGUCAAAGGUUGGCAGCUUAUUGAUCUAGCAGAAGAAUAUAAGAGAAUGGGAGUGCCAAAUGAUUACUGGCAGUUGUCUGAUGCAAAUCGUGAUUACAAGAUUUGUGAAACCUAUCCUAGAGAGCUUUAUGUUCCCAGAACUGCAAGCAAGCCCAUAAUUGUUGGUAGCUCCAAGUUCAGAAGCAAAGGAAGAUUCCCAGUAUUGUCAUAUUAUCAUAAAAAUAAAGAGGCUGCAAUUUGCAGAUGCAGUCAACCUCUCUCAGGUUUCAGUGCCAGGUGCCUGGAAGAUGAGCACAUGUUGCAAGCCAUCAGUAAAGCAAAUCCUUCAAAUCGCUACAUGUACGUCAUGGACACCAGGCCCAAGCUUAAUGCAAUGGCUAACAGAGCUGCUGGGAAGGGCUAUGAGAAUGAAGACAACUACUCAAACAUUAGGUUCCAGUUUGUUGGCAUUGAAAAUAUUCAUGUAAUGAGAUCUAGCUUGCAAAAACUCCUGGAAGUCAGUGGCACAAGGGGUUUGUCUGUCAAUGACUUUUUGUCUGGUCUGGAGAAUUCUGGAUGGCUGCGUCACAUCAAAGCUGUGUUGGAUGCUGCUGUCUUCCUAGCCAAGGCAAUAGCAGUUGAGAGUGCAAGUGUAUUGGUGCACUGUUCAGAUGGCUGGGAUAGGACUUCCCAAGUUUGUUCCCUUGGAGCUCUCUUGCUAGAUUCCUAUUACAGAACAAUCAAAGGAUUCAUGGUCUUGAUAGAGAAAGACUGGAUCUCCUUUGGGCACAAGUUCUCUGACAGAUGUUGUCAGUUGGAUGGUGAUCCGAAAGAGAUCUCGCCAGUGUUCACCCAGUUUUUAGAAAGCGUGUGGAAUCUGACUGAGCAGUUUCCACAAGCCUUUGAAUACAAUGAAGCUUUCCUCCUUCAAAUCCAUGAACAUGUCCAUUCAUGCCAGUUUGGUAACUUCCUUGGAAACUGUCAAAAAGAACGAGAAGAGCUAAAACUAAAAGAGAAGACCUAUUCCUUGUGGCCAUUCCUGUUGGCUGAACAGAAGAAAUACCAGAAUCCUCUGUAUAAUCCAGACUUUUCUCCAGAACUAACGCUUUUGGAGCCUAAUACAGUAUCAUUCAAUUUUAAAUUUUGGAGAAAUAUGUAUCAUCAGUUUGAUCGAAGUAUGCAUCCCAGGCAGUCUGUGCUCAACCUAAUCAUGAAUACAAGUGAGCAAAAUAAACAACUGGAGGAAGACAUUAAAGAACUGGAAGCUAAAAUAAAGCAGAGAAACGGGCGGUCAGAUGCGGUCCUUGUGAAGGAACAGGAGCAGACGGCUCAUCCUGCCCCCGUGGCACUGAAAUCUCCUCCGUGCUUCCAGAAGGAGCAGCCGCCGAUGCCAGUGAACGACGCGGUGCGAACCAUAGAGGGCAGCAACACAGCAGACAAUCGCUACAGCGAACUUGUGUCCGAGUUCUCCAAAGCCGAGCCUGCCGUUGUCAGCUUGGAGUACGGCGUGGCCAGGAUGACCUGCUAAUUGACGUCUGGCAUUGUGUUCUUGUAGACUGAUUAAAUGGAGAGAUGGGUCAUUUUCAGGAUGGGUCUGUGCUGCAUGACCAAAGCACGAUUUGUAUAUCAGCAAGUUUUGUUAAUGUAGACUAGAACAGCAUGCUAGUUGUCAAGUGUCUGCUGUUCUUUGAAGGGGGGAAAAAAGAUGUAGUUGUCUUUUUGAAAGAAAUAGGGGCAUUUGGUAAGUAGUGACUGAAAAUCAAGGAAUGUUAUGUCUUUGGACUUAGGUCAGUUUGCACUAAAUUGAUUUAAAUAGUAAUAUUACUUUAUUCAGUAUAGGAAACCACAGAUGGUCUUUCACAAAUUGAUUUUAUUUGGACAAGAAAACUUGAACUUUCUAUUUUAGGAACUGAGGCUAUGUGUAUAUAUCUCAUAUGAAUACGUAUUCCCUUGCUUAGUGUCACCCAGUACUAACUUUCAGUGUAUUAAGUGCCAUGGAAAAGUAUGACGUAUUUCAGAUCAUAAAUAGUUGGCCUUAAAACUGUCAGAUCAAUGAUUUUGUCCUUUACUACUGCAGUCUACCUGGCUCUGUUUACAUUGUAUUUGCUCAAAUUUUUAUAUCCUUAAAACAGGACUGAAUAGAAAGAAUGAAGCAUGCCUAAGCUGGCACAGCCUUUCAGCAAAUAGCUAUAUGAAUGUUAACUUAUCACUUGAGACUGUUUUUUUCUUCAGUUUGCUCUGUUCUUUAAAAUAUAAUAGAUUGACCUGAUCUUCCUCUCUGGCAGCUCAGUAGAUUGAGCAUCAUUAAAGCUGCAGGCUGUCUGACCUUAAGUGUUUUGAUUUGUGGCAAGGUAUUUAGGUGUAAAAUGAUAUGCCACAUAAGAGAACAAAACUAGACAAUAACUGAAUAAUCAAGUUCAUUCAGAUUGUUUACUGUGUGCUGUGCUGUUGUUCAAGGUGCAACAAUGCAAGCAAAACUUUUGGAAAAAGUUGUUCCCAAGUUUAAAAAAGUCAUGUGUCUAAAGGUAAUGAGAAACUGAGUGCUUCCUAAAUGUUUUAUUAGAAGAAAACUUUGGUUAUUUGUGAAAACCCUUCUCAUCUUGUAAAAACUUGUCCAACCUGUGUAUAUUUAAAGUAAUUUUAGUAUCUGGAGAUUUUUAUGUAUUUGGAGACAGGACAAAAACUACUUCUAGCAGGAUGCAGUACAGACCACGGAACAUAAGAAAAAAGGGGGAAGUUCACAGUUUGUGUGCUUAACUAUGUAACCUUCUGGUAAGGGAGAAGGUUUUCUGAAAUUUGUCUCAUGAUAGAUUUUCUAAGCAGGUAAGAGAAUUAGGAAGAAAAAUAUUGGUGCCCAGUUCUUAAACAGAGGUAUGAAUUAUAAGUUUGGGUGUUAAGAUCUGUAAUUAUGUUAGGUUAAUGCUACUAAUCGUUUACGUCUUGAUUUAAAUAAUUUUUUGUUUCAAAGGAAAAUAAUUUCAUUCUCAUCCUAAUCCCUGAAGUGUGUUUUGUCACAAUUACUGGUGUGCACAAUUUGACAUAAUUUGGCAGCAUUUCCCUCUGCGUCAUAUUGGAUCCAGGACUCUUAGCAAGGCCAGUAUAGGUCAAGAUAAAGGUGCACUUGUGGAUCUGUCUGGGAAAAAACAGCUGGGACUCUUGUACUUGGCUAUUAAUUCACCCAUUUCACUAAUUGAUUUUUGAAACAUACAUUUUUAUUUGCAAAGAUAUAAGCAUAGUGUCACAUUUAAAAUAUAUUCCACUUACUUAAAUAUAUCUAGAAUAAUGUCUCCACUACAGAUUUUGAUAGUUUCAUGUUUGCACAAGUGGUGCCUUACAGGGUUGCAGCAAGAGAGGUUUUUGUGCCUUGUUAUUUAUUGUCUCCCCUUCUCCCUCACCUUCUGUAUUAAAUUUGUUCUGUGGUUUUCCUUUGUAAAAACAUGUUGUAUAUUAAGCUUGUAUUAUAUCACAGUAGUGAAACAAACUUAUUGCUGACAAUAUAGGUAAGUGUUACCAAGUACUAAGUGUACUUGUUUUAAUACUUAGCUGCUCUGGUGUGCCAUGUACACUUUUCCUAUUUAUUGUUUAGAGUUUAUAGACUCAAAAGAUUAUAAUAAGCUUUUUU